ACGUACAGGUAUCCGUCACACACGUACACACACACGAAAACAAAAAGAAUACCGACUUAACAAAAAGCUGGCAACAAACAUGAUGCUGAAAUUCGUGUAAUUCCUUGAUGUUAAGCGCUCCUAUAGAACUCGUAACGUCAAACGUACAUACAGAAUACUGCAGCAGUGUCAACCCGCAAGAGAGUUAAUAAAACCACCAUGAUCGCUGGUAGCAAUGCAGGAAGCAUGAGUACAUGUAUUACAUCCUCGGCCGAUGGAUUAACAUGAGCGACACCCGUGAAACUUGUUGGCCACUAAAGCUUUAUAACCAGCAUAUGGAGUUCCACGCAAAAUUAUGACUACUGAACAAAGCAAUCCUGGACAUUACCUUUACACACACGUAAAGCAUACGGACAGUGCCCUCUAGCAAAAUAAGUACUGAAACACUUCUUCACGAAUGUGAGGGAAAGUAUUUAAACCUUGUGGCCACUUCUUGUGCAGAAUGAUAUCGCCCAAAACUCGCCAGGAGAGAAUGUCGGGAUUUAGGAAUGAGGAUAAAGCAAACCACUUUUGUCAGUGAUGUUCCAUGUACAAGUUUGUGCUGAACAUGUAAAUGAUUGACACCAAGAGUACCGGUACAGCUGUUCGUUUUCAGCAUUUUUUGCCAUGCUUUCUCGCACAAAUGUGGUCUUAAUGAACCACUCUAGUCGGACUUGUGAUCCCGAAGAGGAAAAGCCUCUGAACAGUGACACUCCUAACAGCUCAUUCCCGCAAGGCUGCCUAGACCUCUCUCUUCCAAAACCAAUACCUGUGUCACUCACUUCUACAAAAGAUCAUAGUCCCAAUCGUGGUCACACCAGCUCUGAGAAUCUCUUUGUGUGUCAAACUGACUUGCAUAGGAGUAGUGAUACCCAGCUGCACUGCCUUGAUCUCUCGGUUCCUAAACAGAGUGUGGUUUCUGCCACUUCCAACACUGACCAAACUUGCCAUUCUGCAGCCCAAGAAAAAUCAUCUGAUCUUGAUGUCAUCACUAGCAACAGUGUCCAGACGAAUUGCUUAGAUCUAUCAUUCCCUAAAAAGUUUCCCAUCUGUGAGAAACGGUUUGCUUGCGAUAUCUGCGGAAAGGGUUUUACCCUCAAAAACAAUCUUGCAGCACACAGGAGGACUCAUACAGGGGAGAAGCCUUUCACUUGCAACCUGUGCGGCAGGGCCUUCGCGCAACAACAGCAUCUCAAAAGACAUCAUCGCAGUCACGCAGAUGAGAGGCCGUAUAUUUGUGACAUUUGUGGGGAAAGAUCCAGCACCAACAGCAAUCUUCAGGCCCACAGGCGAAUCCAUACUGGAGAAAAGCCUUUCAGUUGUGGUUUUGCGGCAAAGCCAUCGCACAAGCUGGGGAUCUGAAGCGGCACCUUCGCACUCACACAAAAGAGAAGCCAUACCACUGUGAUACUUGUGGCAAAACUUUUGGCUACGCCAGCAGCCUUGCCACACACCAACUCCUCCACGAAGAGGAGAAGAAGUUUGUUU